GUCACGUGACCGUAGAGCGGGCCAGAAAUGGCGUCUUACUUGAUUGCCGGCGAGCGGCUGGUGCGCGCCUUGGCCCCCGGCGGGGAGCUGGAGCCCGAGCAGCUUCCACGCAAGCUGCGCGCGGAGCUGGAGGCCGCCGUGGAGAAGAAGCACAAGGGCGGCGACCGCCCCCGGGGUCCCGCACGCCUGGUUCCCUUCCGCCUGGUCCGGGACCUGCACCAGCACCUGAGAGAACGGGAUUCCACACUGUACCUUCAUGAGCUCCUAGAAGGCAGUGAAAUCUAUCUCCCAGAGGUGGUGAAGCCUCCUAGGAACCCAGAGCUAGUUGCCCGUCUGGAGAAAAUUAAGAUACAGCUGGCCAAUGACGAAUAUAAGCGGAUCACCCGCAAUGUCACCUGUCAGGAUUCAAGGCAUGGUGGGAUUCUAAGUGACCUGGGCAAGGAAGUGAGGUCAGUGAAGGCUGUGGUCAUCACCAUCUUCAACUUCAUUGUCACGGUGGCAGCCGCCUUUGUCUGCACUUACCUUGGAAGCCAGUAUAUCUUCACAGAAAUGGCCUCGCGGAUACUGGCUGCAGUGAUUGUCGCCUCUGUGGUGGGUCUGGCUGAGCUGUAUGUCAUGGUGCGGGUGAUGGAAGGCGAGUUGGGAGAGAUAUAACUGGUGCUUCAUCAUCAAAGUCUGGAGACGAUUUGGAGGGGCUCCAGGCCCCCAGCUGCCAAAUACUGACUCUCAGUCAAUCCAUCAGGUUCUUUGUACUCAGCUCUAGUCAGUCAGGGCCACGCCCCUGCUACCUGCUAUUUCUGUGGGCAGCCUCAUCCUCUGUCAGUUGCCAGAGGGGACAGUAGGAGGAGACUCCGACAACUGAACAGAACUGGUCUGUCGGUUCCUGAUCCACAUCCUGGAUGCUGGCCUGUAACUUAGUUCUGAAGCCUACCAAAAAGCAGAAAGGAUUCCCUUUCUCCAGGUUAUGGGGAAGAACUGAUCGGAGGACAUAAAACAAGAAGAGGAGGAAGAUGGGUCUGUACAGAAUGGCGGAACUGGAUGUAAGGCAGCUAUUUUUUGGAAUCUUAGUUUCUAUCUACAUUUUCUUCCCUCUGCUUGUCUUUGUUAGGGUUUCUAUAUGCUUCUGCCUGUCUCUACCACCCACCAGCCCUUCUUAAACUUCCUGUCUUCUCAUCACCUUUUGUUCUGUCUCCAAAAAUGAAAACAAUUCAGGUCGCAAAACAGUGUUUCUGCUUUUAAUUGCAAAAUCCCUUGUAUUUGUUUGUGUUUGUGGGGAGAGUAUGCCUACUGUGAGAUUGCCUCAACUAGUAAAGGGAGGGACAGGGAUGAUUUUCAGAUUUAACUAUGAAUAAACAUACACAUGAAUAUGUAUACAUAUUUUUAUAUGUGAGCCUAAUACAAGGUGUUUUCUGUGGGGUUCUUAAACAUGUUUGGGUGAGUGUGAAAAAUAAUAUGUAAAUGCUCACAGUUGAUUAAUUGUUUUACAUAGUUGUUUUUGGUCUUUACAAUAGUCCUGGAGGUUAGAAAAGGAAAUGGUCUUAGGCCCCUUUUCCAGAUGACAAAACUGAGGCCGAGAGAGAUCAAAUGAUCUACUUUGUUCCUUCCUCUGAUAAAUGGAGCCAAAGACUCCUAGAUGGUCCUGAAGUCUCUGUGUAAUAUUAAACUUCUGGAACUUAGAUUAGUGGUGUGAUGAUAGAAUCUGUAUAAAGCAUAAUAAAUAUUUAUUGUAUUCAGUGUA